AUGCAGGACUUGUCUGCUCAAGCAGACGAAGCUGCCUCUGCAGCAAGCCUUGCAGCCAGGGAGAUGCGCAGACAGGACCAGGUCGUGCUGUACGCCUUAGCUUCGGCGUUCGCAUGUGGUACCGGAGAAGAGGUAGCAGGACGCGACGCAGCAGUGGAGGCGCAGCGCAUCGCUGUGGUGGCGACGCAAACAGCACUGAAAGGGGCGAUAGCUGCAGGUCUGAAGCCGCCGGAGCAGCAGGCCUUGCAAAUCCAGAUUGCUGGGCUCACAGCUGCGGUGAAUGCCAAGGCAGCGCAGGAAAAUCUGCGGCAGCAGCAGUUCGUGGCGAAAUCUGCCGUGCAGAAGCAGGGAAGUAGCUCGCUCUCCGAAGAAGACGUGGCCAAGCUGGCAGAGGAUGCAGAGAACUUGAUGGCCACGAACCUUACGGCCUCGGGUGCAAAUGCCCUUGCGCACAGCGGUGUGCCAAGCGUGGCCGUCACGAACCUUGCGUGGCUUUGCGAUGGCUUCAAUCAGGCUUUCGGCGUUGACCUGCGAAAAGCCACGGCUCCGACAGCGGAGCAGCGUGCGGCGGACUUUUUUCAAAUCCACGAUCUUCUGUCUUUGGGUCGGCUCCUGAACAUGCCGAAGAAGCUGCUGAAGCGGAAGCGUAGGAAUGCCGCAAGCGUGGAGGCAGGAGGUGCGGAUGCGAGCACGGAGAAGCCCUCGAUGCCAGCGAGGCGAAAGAAACGUCGAGUCGGUGCGAAGGCCGUGGAGGCCGCGCCUGAUCCACCAAAGCCUUCUCCGGAGCUGGCGGCACCGGACGAUCUACAGCCACAGGUGGACAGGAAGGGAGUCGUGCACCUGGCCUCUAUACCUCUGUGCAUGGGCAUCCAAAAGCUGCGCCACAUGAUGGAACAGUUUGGCGACAUUGGCCGCGUGUAUCUUGCUCCUGAGGAAAAAUUCCGGCAACAGAGCAGGAAACGUGCUGGUGGUAGCCGCAAGCUCCGCUACACAGAAGGCUGGGUGGAGUUUAUGGAUCGCCGAGUUGCUCGCCGAGUCGCUGAAAGCCUCAACGCGACCACAAUCGGCGGGAAGAAGCGCCACAACUUCUUCAGAGACGAUAUGUGGAAUCUUCGCUAUUUGCCGGGCUUCAAGUGGCACAUGCUUAAAGAAGGCACAAUUUACAACCAGCAGGUGCGAAAGGCGCGGCUGCAGCAACGGAUGAGCCAGGCUCAGAGAGAGAAUAGCCACUACCUGGAGAGCGUUGAGAAGGCUCGGACGCGCGAGAAGGUGGCGGCCCGCCGUGCGGCGAAGGGCCAGCAAACAGAAAAGGUGGCGGAAGAUGCAAACAGCUCGGCAUGGGAAAGGGCCGAGAUCGAUGCUGAACGAGUGGUGGCAAAAGCUCGCAGUGCGGGAGCGUCGAUGAAGACGCUGGUAGAUGAUGCCGCCACUGCCGUGGAUCACGCCAUGCCGCCCCACGACGAGGAGACCCACGCCGCCGCCGUGGCUGCCAUUGCGGCCACCGUGGCGAGCGACUCUGAGGAGAUCGGCGGAGUUGAAAAUGUCUGGGAUGUCUGGGCAGGCAUGAGCCGAGAUGGACAAAAUGAAACCUCCCCACCUUUCAUGAAAAUGUGGCGCCAAAUGACCGGUGUUGUGCAGCGCAGCAUCUCCCGUGUGGUGCUCAGGGUCACCUGGCAGAAAAAGCCGAGCAAGCUGCAGCUGCUACUCCUUUUGAACGUGCGGAGGCUGGUGAGCGGCGCAGGCAUACCAGAACAGGCAGCAGCUGCUGGGGCUGCUGCCGAGAGGGCAGCCGGCGAUGCGGGGCUUUCGAAGGAGGAGGUGAGGAAGGUCGGAGCGGCUGCAGCGAGUCUCGUCUUGUCGAACGGGGCCGUUGGUGCCGGCAUGCAGUCGGAAGAGGAAUUUGGGAAUGAGAUGUCUGCUCAAUUGGGUCGCGAGGGUUUGGUUGAACAGGAGGUGAUCACAGAGGACUCAGGUCUUGGGCGUGUUCAGCUACAGGCCAAAGCAGAAGAAGAAGCGCGGCAGCAGCGGGAAGCCCAGAGGUUCGAGGAGGUUGCUCGCAGCGUCCGGGCGCAGGUGGCGGGGACGUUUGCCGAUUCCGCUUGUGCAUUGAAGCCAGGGGCAGCCCGAGGCAUUCGAGAGGCAUCUGUGGAGCCGAACCCGACCGAAGAGGCAUCUCUCAUGGAGGCAGCACUGAUGAGACUCAGCUGCCUCUACUUCAGUGACAAGACCUAUAAAAAGCAGAGUCCGCCUUGCCUCCUUGGAGCUCCCAGGCGUGCUUCGACGCAGCUGCAGAUGCCGCAGGGCCCGGAGUUGGCCUUUCCAGAUUGGCAAAAAAGUUGGCAGCCUGGGCAAGAGAAGGAGGUCACCUACCAGGUUCCUCCCGGAGCCAAACCGGGGUCCACUCUGCUUGUCGAUGUCGGUGGCGGCUUUGCAGUUCCCACCCUGGCACCUCGAGAGCAAGGCUGGGGCUAUACAGACUCUUGGCACAAAGAUCUGAACGGCGGCUAUACCCACAAUGCCGAGACUUGCCAGGAGACCUGCAAAGGAAUGUGGUUUUGUGAUGUUUUCACGUACCACACGGACACGAAGGAGUGCUUUCUCCAAGGAAACCAGGCCGUGGAGUCCAUCAUGCCCAACGUGGUCAGUGGCCCGAAGACGUGUGCUGCCACGUCCUUGUCGGAGGCCUUGCGAAUGGUGCAGACCUCUGGAGUCAACGCGGCCAGUCGUGCCCAGGCUGAAGGUAAGAACUUUGCCCAAAUGGCCAAUGUCUCCGUCGUCACGGUGCUGAAGAAUGGCGUGAAUUUGGGCCUUUCUAACGUGCAGAAGGCCCAGGUCGUCGCAGAGGUUGUGGGGCAAGUGGAAGUCAGAAGAUCCACGAUUGAUGGCAACAGCGUCUUACCUCAAAUAUUGAAGGGAGCCAAAGCUGCAGCUGACUGGGUCGCCGGAAACUAUUCCAAGAAAGUGCAGGCCCAGCAGGCCAUGUAUGCCGCCGGUGCACUUGCUGGAGACUUCUCAACAGCUCGUGAGGAAACGGUGCAGGAUCGUGCAGACUAUGCGGUGCGCAUGGCGCUUGAUGCUGCAGACACGGUUCAGGGUGCUGGCGGCCUGACAACCUAUGAGCAGCUGGUGAUCGCGUCCCAAGAGGCUGCUUUGGUCACUGCGCGAGCUGGAGGCACCAAGAAGGAAGUGUACACAUCGGUGGCAACGGCAAUGCAUAAAGUCGCUGCGCUAUAUGGCAAGCCAGCUGACGUCCAGGCAGAAUGGUCUGCUAUCGGCGAGGCAGCCGGAUGUGUUGAGGGCACACCUCAACAGGUCAGAGGGGGCCGUCUGGGACACAUGAUGGGAAUGGCGAAAAACGAGGCUCACGCAGCAGACGCCGAGGAUUACACAGAAAGCGAUGACGAAGGUGCCGAUGGCUAUCGAAAGGGCGGCUACCACCCGGUGCAUGUCGGCGAGAUUUACAACGGGCGGUACCAUGUCUUAGCGAAACUUGGAUGGGGACAUUUCUCCACCGUGUGGCUCUGCCAGGACCUCACACAGCAUCGCUAUGUGGCAAUGAAGGUGCAGAAGAGCGCACCUCAUUAUACAGAGGCGGCAUACGACGAGAUUGAGCUCCUAGCCGAGGCCGCCAAGCGUUGCAAAGACGAAGCUUGGGAGGAGACACAGAAGGGCCCAAGCCGUACCUUGUUUCCUGAGCUUCCUUUCACGGGAGUGGUGCAGCUGAUAGACUACUUCGAGCAUUUCGGUGUCAACGGCAAACACGUUUGCAUGGUGUUUGAGACAAUGGGCCCCAACGUGCUCGCUCUGAUCAAGAGGUACAACUUCAAGGGCAUACCCUUGGAUAUUGUGCGCAAGGUGACGACUCACACCUUGAUCGGCCUGGACUACUUGCACAGGGUGUGUGGUAUCAUCCACACCGACCUAAAGCCUGAGAAUGUGCUGGUUGGGUGCCCUCGCGGGGUGCCCGUGAACAAGCAAGGAGUACCUCUUGUGGGCAAUGUGGAUCCUGCAAUGGUUGCGGCCAAGCGGGAUGGAAGACUUCAGAAGGAAGAGAAAAAGCCAGGGAAAAAGAAGGACAAGGAUAAAAAGUACGAUGGUGAUGAAGGUCAUGCUGACGAUGAAGUGGAUGAUGAGGCAGAAGCGAUUCCCCGCCCGCCACCUGUGCUGGUGCCGGAGGCCAUGCAGGCAGCUCCAAACCCUGGGCUGAACGAGCCACCAUACAUGAAGCCCUACCUGAAACCAUCGCGAUCUGAUCCGACGCUGCUUUCUUCAUACGGUGAUGACAUGGUGGCAAUGAGCCGGCCUCUGUACAAUCACAUGAAGCCGCCGGGCAUGCCGGGUGCUCCGGGCGUUCCUCAGAUGGGCGUUCAUCAGAUGCCCUCUCCGAUGAUGCCGCCACCGCCGUCGCAGGCGGCAGCUGCGCAUGCCGCAGCCGCCGCUGCGGCAGCAGGCCAAUCCGCUUCGACGCCGGACAGCAUUGAUGAGAAGCUGAUCGAUGAAGUCUUGGGUUUGGAUCUCUUUGACCACAUCGGCGUCACCUACAAAGUGGCCGAUUUGGGAAAUGCGUGCUGGGUGGAGAGGCAUUUCUCGGACGAUAUCCAGACUCGUCAAUACCGGUCACCCGAGACCAUCAUUAACGCAGGCUAUGACACCUCCGCAGAUAUUUGGUCUUUGGCCUGCAUGGUCUUCGAGCUUGCUACCGGCGACUACCUCUUCGACCCCAAAGCCUCAGAUGAGUAUCCCCGCGACGAGGACCACCUUGCCCUUUUCAUUGAGCUGUUGGGCCCCAUGCCCAAAGACCUGAUCAGCCGGGGCCGGCGCUCCAACACUUACUUCAACCGACGUGGCGAGCUCCGGCACAUCAAGUCCCUGCGCUACUGGCCCCUGGCCGAGGUGCUGUUGCAGAAGUACCACAUGCACGAGGUCGAGGCUCGAAAUUUGGCAUCGUUUCUUCUGCCAAUGCUCCACCUUUUGCCUGAAGACAGGAUUUCAGCGAAGUCUGCCCUGGAGCAUCCAUGGCUGCGCGGAGAGCCGAGUGACGACGUCAUCGACAUGGUGAAUCGCAAUGCCUUGAAUAUGCCACGUCUCGGUGUUGCUCCACCUUUCGGAGCAAGAGACGGUCGAGGUGGCGGUAUGGUCUAUGCAGACGAGGAGGAGGCCAUGCAGCAUUGA